AUGUGAGAUCAUGUUCUUAUCAAAGUUGUAGUUGGGAAUAGAUAGUACCUGUUUACUCCUAAAAUCAACAAAGCAAAGGCACCAAAGUACACUGGCCUGCCUAGAGGUUUGAGUUUGAGUUUUGAGAGUUGUAUGUCAUAUGUCAUACCCUUUUUUUGUUUGUUGUUUUUGGUUAAAAAUCAAACCCAAAACACAACACUACCUUUUCUCUGACUUAUCUGACUCCCCACCACUGUCUCCCCUCUUCCCCCCCCACCCCCACUCUCUUCUUUCUUACCCUUUGCUUUCCCAUAAUUAAACAAACAUCAAUACCCACCAUCUCUUUCUCUCCUUCUCUCUCUUCCCAUUUAUCUUUCUUCAUUUAUUUUGCAAAAACCAAAGAAACCUAUACAAGCCUGCCUAUUUUUUUUGUCUUUUGAAUGAUCAGCCAUACAAAGCAAAACAUAAAAAUAAAAAUGAAAAGCACCACUUGGGCAGAUGUCUCCAAUUUUUAGGCAGUUUUCUUUCUGGGUAUCCAUUUGCUAAGGCUCUAAUUAAGCUUGCCUGCUGUCAGCUUCACUUUUGCUGUUUGAGGAUGGUCGAAGAUCAUCUAGUUUCCAUGGAUUGUAGUCUGGAACAGCACAAUCAAGCUAUUGCUCAAAUGAUAUAGAAUGCAAAGUGGAUCUUCAUUAUAAUAUUCAACUUCAAAAUGAAACCUAACAUUGAUCUUGAAGUGGAGGCCUCUUCAGAAAAUGAUUCGGAGGUCAGCAGCCAAGUGGCUUCCAACUUGUGCACCCAUGAAAUCUCUGCCAAUGACAGCCUCACUAACUCUUCUAAUCUCACAAAUGCCGCAAGUGCUGAUCAAUCUGGUUCAGAACCAGUUUCCCUUGACUUAACCCUUUGCUUCAAUAAGGAUGAAUCAGGCAGAAGGGACUCUGUAGGAUUCUCAUUGUCAAGCACUAGCGAAAGUAGCAAUGAGCCUCCCUCACUUACUACUCCAGCAGCCAUACCACGAGUUUUUUCUUGCAACUACUGUCAACGAAAAUUCUUUAGCUCACAAGCACUUGGUGGUCACCAGAAUGCACAUAAGAGAGAAAGAACACUUGCAAAACGGGCAAUGAGGAUGGGUAUAUUCUCUGAGAGGUACGUCAGCUUGUCAUCUUUGCCUUUACAUGGAUCAUCAUUUAGGAAUUUGGGAAUCAAAGCUCACUCUUCAGGGCAUCAAAACUUUGCACCACCAUUAAGGCCACAAGAGAUUAGAAAUAGUGCUAAAUUCGAUCAGGGUUAUCUCAGUCUGCCAAUUUUCGUGGAGGAUGAUGAGGCAGAGCUGUUAUGGCCAGGUAGUUUCCGCCAGGUGUCUGAGGCAGAUGAUACUAAUCCAAGAUUUGUACUCACAGGAAAUUCAAAUGAGAAUUUUUUGGAAGCAGCUCCAUCAGCAGACUUGAACAACUCUAUGCCAGAUCUUACAUUGAAACUUUGAGUCCUUCAGGAGUCAAAUACUGGCUUCUCUGCUCUAAUAUUCUGUCUUUUUGUAUAGCAAGACGUGAACAGGCCAUGGCUCAGCUUUUAUUCUUAUAAAGUAUUUUAUCUGAUCUUCACUUUGGUAGUGUGAUAUGUAAUGUUAGUGUAUAAGAAGAGCUUCAUAACGAUUACUUUUGGAGCUUCUAUCUAUGAUUGUUCUGAAUUAAAUGAUGCUUUGGAUUUUCUGUAA